UGUUGUCUCUCGGGAUAGUGCCACAGAGACCCCGCCGUGUAGGGGUACAGUACCAAGCCCUGCGCCCGAUGUGCAAACCCACGUGUGCGGUCUACAUCUUGCAUUAUUACGCGACCUUGUGACUACAGACGGGAGUCGCGUCACGAUGACGUAACGACGUAUUUCAUCGGCGGUGACGCCCGGUCCAUUAAAAGCCUACCAUUUAGACCCACCAACUAUUUAUAUUUUAUUUUUGCUUUGUUAAAGGCGAUGCCGUUUACAUUUCUGCCUGUGCUUUUUAACCGUCUCAUUCUGCGAGGGGGAUAAUAAAGCAGGGCUGGUAUAAAGUCAGAGACUGACCGUUCAGCGUUUUUUUUUUUUUUUAAAUUUUUUAUUUAUUUAUUUUUUUUGUUGUGUAUCUAUGGCCAGAGCAGCCGGACCCGCUUCUCCAGCCUGUAGAUGCGCAGCACCGGAGAGCCUUCGGCGGCAGCGAGCAGCGGGCGCGGCGGUGCUAAGCGGAUAUCGUUGAGAUGUACAUCCAUGUUGGUGGACAUGUGAGGCAGACCGUUUCUGUGCGAUUGCAAGCAGGGAGAUCGCAGAGGAGCAGUGAACCGUAUCUUUAAGAAGACUCUUAUUUUGGCGCCAUCGAAACGCCAUGGCAAGCAAACGAAAGUCAUCCACACCUUGCAUGGUCCUUCUCUCAGAAACAGUGGAGCAGGACCCGGAGAUGGAGAUGAUAACAGAAGGAGAGGAGGGAGUGGGAAGCAUGGCCACUGCCCCCGUGGAGGGUGCUGUUGUCCCUGCUGAGAGCGAGCCUGGUGGGGAUGAGAACAACUUGGGCCCACACUCCGAGGAGGAUAGUCUCAUCCGGACCAAAGCGAAGCGCAACAGCCACACCGUCCUCGGGCAAACAGCAAAUGACUUGUCCUUGGACAGCAGUUUUGGGCUGCAGCCGGAAAGUGAGGAGGGUGAGGACACGACUGUCACGGGCAUCUCCUUCAGCAAGACUCCCAUCAUGAAGAUGAGGAGCAGGGCUGAACCUAAGAGGAUCGCUUUGUCUCACAAAGUAUCAGAUGAGGGGGAUGUGAGGGCAGAGAGUGAGGGGGAGCAGGAGCGCAAAGAGGCACACUCGGGGACCUUGGACAUGGUGACACCAUUUCCUGUUGACCCAGGGAAGCCAUGUGUCAUAAUCAGUAAUCAAGGUCAGAUCUUGACUGAGCCAAAGAAGGCCAUCAUCAACUCUGCCACGGUUCUUCCCGCAGGCUUGGCCCAGGUUCUGUCCGCCCUUCAGGCCCAGCAGAAUUCCCACACCCAGCUCCUGAUUCCCGUUAGCAGUAUUCCAACAUACAAUGGUGCCAUGGAUAACAAUGCCAUGCUGGUCAACACAUACAACAAAUUUCCCUAUCCAUCAGUAUCAGAGAUCAUGGGAUUAGCAGCGCAGACGAAGUUUACUGAAGAGCAAAUAAAGAUCUGGUUUUCAGCUCAACGUUUAAAGCAUGGGGUGAGCUGGACCCCUGAGGAAGUAGAGGAGGCUAGAAGGAAGCAAUUCAAUGGUACUGUCCACACAGUAUCUCAAACGAUCACAGUCAUACCUGCCCACCUCUCUGCUGCAGCCAACGGCCUGCAGUCCAUUCUUCAGACCUGUCAGAUCGUGGGACAGCCUGGGCUCGUGCUGACACAGGUUGGUGGUGCAAACACCUUGCCGGUGACAACACCCAUCACGUUAACCGUGGCUGGGGUCCCUAACCAGGCUCAGCCGCCAAAACCUGCCACAAUCCAGACAGCCCCAGCUGCUGUAGAGGUGAAGAGGGCCACUACAGUCCAGCCCCCUGUUCUCACACCUCAGGAGAACUCUGCCCUCAGUGCUGAUCACCUCAGUAUGCGGACUAAGAAAUCCAAGGAGCAGCUGGCGGAGCUGAAGGCCAGCUACCUGAAAAACCACUUUGCCAGUGAUGCGGAGAUCGCCCGGCUAAUGAAGCUGACAAAUCUCACGAAAGGUGAGAUCAAGAAGUGGUUUAGCGACACGCGGUACAACCAGCGCAACUCAAAAAACUGCCACGUGCCCAUUUUCAACGACAGUGCCCCCAACGACAGUGCCCCCAACAGCAGUGCCACCAUUGUCAUCGAUUCUAGUGACGAGACCAUGGAGUCUCCCACAUCUGUUCCCGUCAAGGAAACGCGUAACAAGGGCAGCCGGAAUCCCUUUCCUGACUUCACACUUCAGAAGUUCAAAGAAAAGACUCCGGAGCAGCUACUGCUUCUGGAGGACAGCUAUCAGAAAUGCAGCACACCCACCGACGAAGAACUGAGCCGUUUGAGGACAGAGACGAAGCUCACUAGGCGAGAGGUCGACGCUUGGUUCACUGAAAGGAGAAAAGCGCCCGAAACUGAGCAGAGGGAAGUGGAGGCUGCAAAGGCCAUUUCCUCCACCCGGCAUGGAAGGCAAACUUCUCCUAGUAGCAGGAGGCAGGCCAGAGAUAAAAUUGGUAAGAAGACUCCUGAGCAGCUACAUAUUCUCAAGGGUGCCUUUGUGCGCACGCAGUGGCCAUCUGCUGAGGAGUACGACAAGUUGGCGGAGGAGAGUGGGCUGCCCAGGCCCUACAUUGUUAACUGGUUUGGAGACACUCGGUAUGCUUGGAAGAAUGGGAACCUCAAAUGGUACUACUUCUACCAGAGUGGGAAUGCGGGAGCCGUGAAUGGGGGCGGUUACCGGAAGAGGGGGAAGGGCCGGGCACGGAACCGGGGCAGGGGAUGGUCCCGGAGGAGCAAGCGAUCUUCGAGUUGGGGAAGAUCGCCCCCUGUGAAGUCCAAGAGUGGGAAGGAGAUUCUCAAGGAGUAUUACCUUAAACACAAGUUUCUCAAUGAACAGGACCUGGAUGAGCUGGUCUCCAAAUCUAAUAUGAGCUAUGAGCAGGUGCGGGACUGGUUUGCCGAAGUCGGCAAGAGGGUGGAAAUGGGUGUUGACCCAUUUGAGGGCAACUUGGAGGAGGAGCAGCAGCAGCACGGUGAAGGCAAUGGCAAGACUGCAGCGAAGCGGCGAGCCGAUGGGGCUGGCCAAGAGGAAGAUGGCGAAACGGAUGACAGCGAUGCUUGGGAACCCUCUAAGAGCGCGAGAAAGCCAUUUUCUGGUUCAGAAGAUUAGUGAUGGAGAUUCAGAAUUCUCAUUUUUUCUCAUAAUAUGAAAACAAAAGACUGAAGUUGACGAUCCCUAAUUUGAAUGGGCAGAUUUCAGAUGAUUUUUUUUUUUUUUUGUGGACCAACCAAAAGGCAGAGAAGCAUUCAUUUGCAAAUCCAGUUGUGGAUCUUUGGUGCCAAAAUAAUGCUGUGGUAGGCAUCUCCUGUUUUUAGAGUGAAGUGUCUUGGUUGCUCAUACUCUGAAGAAUUUCCUCAUUACCUACACGGUAACAGAAAUAUUUUCAAACAAUUCGGUGUUGGUCAGUCUUGUGUGAUUUCAUACGUAGCAUGACUUUCCAGUCAAACGUUUUAUGUAUUUUUCUAAACAACAAGUAGGCAAAAGCUUUGCAGGUCUCACUGUUUAAGCAGCAGCCUACAAAUGGCAUGAAAUUUAUACGAGAGGCCUGUGGAAAAUCCUAGAUGUGCUGCUGUUUUUAUUAAACUGCUUCAUUUUUAACCUCAAGCACUUAGUCAGUUUUCUAGCUUGGUUGUAGAAAACGGUAUUUGUAUAAAUCUUUUUGUUGCAUUUGUAAGGUAAUGGUGGGUUUUGAUGGGGAGAAUUUAAAGGCUCUUUCUCUCUUAAAGGCAUUUUCCAGCCCUGACAGCACGAUUAAUGAACCUCUGCUGUGGAACCGUUCUGCUGUGAGAUUUGACAAAAGAGGGGUCAGUAUUUCCCAGAGAUGGGGCAAAAGGGGUAGGUGGAAAACAACAGGGGGGGUGGGGGGGAAGUACUGAAAUGAUGCAGAUUUCCUGUCAGAUUUUUUUUCAUUUUUGGUCACUCUGUCUGAAUGAUUAUUCAGACCUGGCUUGGUAAACAGCAUGCAAUGUUCACAGUAUGAUGUUAUUCUGGUUUGUGAGGUUCUGGGUCAGCUUGCUUAACGCUUCUUUCCAUCUUUUUGGGGCUGUACUGGCUCCUUUUGGCCCGAUCCGAUUGCAACACCAGUUUUCUAAUCAGCCGCAAUGGUUCCAUUAAUUAAAGUAAUGUUAGGUUAUUGUUAUUAACAUUAAGAAUUUUAUGUAUAUAUUCUUUUCCAGUAAUGCAUGGUCACAUUUUGAGUCUCGUGUAAAGAACAUAAUGUAGUAUUUGAUUUUUAAAGUAACAAAAAAUACGAAAUUCUCUGCUUUUCAUUUAAAGUAACUUAAAUCACUUUAAGUAAUACUGUUUUGAAGUGCUGUGAAAAUAAGUAUAAUUUUGGUCUAGGUUAGGAAUAAGUUUUGCUUGAUGCACAGUUCAGUAUGUUUAAGCUAUGAAGUUUUUAAUUUGUGCUGUGAACCUUGUGUAAAUGUAGAUUUCUUUCCACUGAGGUUUUACAUACCUAGGAUGUAGAUGUUUCUGACUGUGGCUUGAAGUAAAUUGAAAUUUCCUUAUGGAAACUGCAUUUCAACAUCAGAACUAAUGCAGCCUUGGGCGAAGGUAUCGUUUUAUCAAUUGCGAAAUAUUUAUCUGCACCUUAGCAGUUGAUUAGCAAAAUGAUUACUGAAGUAGGCCGACAGUGUUUCAUGAAUACGUCUGCCCGCUGAAGACCAAUGGAAAAAUGCCAACGGUACCUUUAGCGUCAAGUUUAUAAUUUUUGUAGUUUUUUUUUAAUCUAGAUUUUAUAUUUUGACUCCUACUUGGUUCCCUGCACACUUAUUCUAGAAUUUUAUAGCUGCUCUAUUAGGUCUCAUUAAAACGUUGCUUGGAAUGCACACAACAUAAAUGUUGGAUUCCCAAGCUCUGCGUUUAGACUUCAAGGACCUCACUAUUGUCUCGGAACGUUGAUCCUGCACUUCUAGGAGCCGUGGAAGCUUUUUAUGGACAGAUGGCAGAACUGAGAUCAGAGAUAUCCGGUAAAAACCUCUGAAAGUGGUUCCUGCUGGAAAAGACAUAUGGGGGAAAGUUACAGUAUUUUUUACAGUGUUUUAUGUUGUCGCUUUUGAACUGAUUUUUUAAAAAAUGUUGCCUGGGUAUGAAACAUGCCUUUCAUGCAUACUGUGUAUAAAGACAUUUGGUAAAACAGGAGUUUCCUGCACAUUUUUAAGUGGAUUCUCACUGAGGAAUCAUUUUGGGAAGCACAGGACAUAACUGUGUACGUCCUGCGAUUUGCAGCUCAAGGAUGUGGUUUGUGCCUGCCAAACUCAAUGAGUAGCCCAAGCCGAACUCCAUUAACAGACCAGUUUUGCACCUGCAACGUACUGUAGCUCACUCUCAUUUUACACAUUCUCAAUGCACUUUUUCCAUAUAAAAGAACCUACAAGGCUUUCUUUCCGUGAACGGCCGCUAUAAUUAUCUGAAUUGUCACCUGAAUCAUUUACUUUCAGAAGUAUUUUUUUUUCUGAAUGUGAAGUUUCUGAAAAUGUUCUUGUCUGAAUGAUGUUUGAAAAGUAGAAAAAAAUGUCAAGUUGCGCAUCAAAUGGAGCCAUGCAUUAUUACAAUCUGACUGUCUAAACAGGGUGCAAUAUGCCAUGGUUUAUGUCCACAUAGUGAUGAAAAUAGGCAAUAGUGCAUUUCUCAGAAGAUUUCCUGAUCAGUUCUAGCUCCUUAUAAAUUAAGAAUGAAAUGUUACUAAAAUAUAUUGAUUGUGCAAAUAGAUGUUUUGUUGUUUGUGUGUAUAUAGUCCCUUACAGGACAGAUCUGUAAACCCUUUUAAGUUCUGUUUUGUCUGUGGUGGCAGGAGCUGUAUGUAUUGUAAAUUGCAAUUAAUUUAAGACUGAAUAGCUUUUUUAAGCUGUGGCUUUUACUUGGGUAACUUGAAAUAUAUAUUUUCUACUGUGGCCAAUAAAUGUUUGAAGACACUAAUGGGUUACUAUGGUCCAUUUUUUUUCUUAAUUGCAAAUGAAGUACACAGAUACUCAUACAAACAUUAAAAAAUUAAUUUACUCAUUCUUAAGCCACACAUAAAUCAACUUCUCAGUCACUUCAAUCCAGUUUUAACCUGAAGGAACUUGGGUCAGCGCUGUGGAAAAUAACUCUUGAAACUUUAUGAACUUUGAGCACUGUACCUGAUUGUGCUUUUUGUCUUCUUGCCAUAAUGGAUUUGCACCUCUGUGUUUUUGGUUAAAUUGUUUGAUGAUAUGUCCUGUGGCUUAUUUUUGACUCUAUACAGGUAUGACACCUGUUUGUUGAUCAUCUGUUCUUCGUGUGUUGCUCUUUAAGAAUAAAUUGUUGAGAAAACGUUC